AUGGAAAGAUUGGAAGAAGCACUUACCAACAAUAAAGAGCUGCGUGAGUCAUCUUUGAAGGAGAAGGAAGAGGUCGACGCACGAGUGGUAGAGUUGGAGAGGGCUCUGGCAGUGGAGAAGAAAGCUCUGGGCGAGGAGAGGAGCAAAGCGGAAGAGCUGGCCAGAAUGUUAGCAGUGGAGAGGGCGGCCUAUCCUGACCUCUAUGGCGCGGCUAUAGAGCUGAAUUUGAAGCAUGUAAAAGGAAUGCUUCUAUAUGGGCCACCCGGUUCUGGAAAAACCUUGAUAGCACGGAGCAUUUGCAAAUUUCUAAAUGCAAAAGAGCCCCUGAUUGUAAAUGGACCGGAUGUGUUAGAUGCAUUCCAAGGAGCUAAAAGUGACCUACACGUCAUCAUAUUUGGUGAAAUUGAUUCCAUUGCUAAGAAAAAAGGGUCAACUAUGGGAUUACACCAUAUGGAUGAUAGGCUUGUAAGCCAACUACUUGCAAUGAUUGAUGGCCCGAGAGCAUUGAACAACAUUUUUAUUAUUGGUACUACAAAUCGAAAGGAGCUCAUCGAUGAAGCCCUGCUGAGGGAAGGUAAAAUCGAACUACAUGUCAAAGUAGAGUGCCUAGAUGAGCAAUGGCGCCUACAAAUUUUGGGCAUCUACACAAGGAACAUGAGACAACAUUUUGUACUCGAUAAAGAUGUGAAUCUUCAUGAAAUUGCUUGUAGGAUGGAUGGCUGUAGUGGCUCUGCCCUUGCAUCUCUAGUCACUCGUGCACAUUCAUAUGCUGUGGUCCACACAGUGGAGAAUGGAUUACUGCAACAUGUCAAGAAUGAUUUCAAAGUAACAAUGAACCACUUUCUCCAUGCUAUAGAAGAUGUUAGGUCUAGACUUCAAGAAUCUUACUUGGAGCCACGCAGUUUCCUUGUUUCUUCUGGUCGUCUCAGGAUGGGCAAGGAGGAAAUGUUCAACACUGAAGUUUUACACAUGCAACAAGAAAUUGCAAGGCUCAAGGGGUGCACUGCACAUUUUCAGGCUACGGUUGAGACGAAACUCGUGUUGGGUCGUUCACCUUGUCCCACCCUACGCGAGGCUUAUGCCCUUGUCCAGCAAGAGGAGAGUCGCCGUAGUGCUAUGGUUCAUUCCUCUAUUCAUGAUCGUUCUGCUUUAGUUGUUGCUCCUCCUCCUCGAGCUCCUCGGCCUAGUCCGGUCCAGUUUGAGAGUCAAGGUACACUAGUUGAUCGAGAUCGCUUGAAGUGUGAUUAUCGUGGGACAGAUAGACAUGAUCGAGAGCAUUGUUGGAAACUGAAUGGUCGCCCUACUCGGCGUCGAGGUUGUGGUAGUACAAUUCGUCCCCAAACACAUUUGUCUGAGAUUGCUGUGAGUCCUUCUUCUGAGCCUAGCACUCUCUCUUAG